AUGAUUUCGCGCAUGUCGGUGAGAACACACACCCAGUCGGAAGCGCUAACGAAGCAGGACUCAGUGAACAUGCUAAAGAAUAUAAUAAAACUGGGGAUCAGUUUAGUCACUUAUUUGAGAAAUUUAUUUGAAGAAAGUGCGUAUGAGGAAGUACACAUACAAGAAUUAAAAUUAAAGAGACUUCUACCCAUCAAUAGAGAAGCACAUAUGAUAAUUAAUUGGCUUGAAAAAGGAGUAUUCGAGGCUAUAGAGAAGGAAUACUUACGGAUCCUUAUUUUAGACAUAAAUGACAUAUACGAUAACUCCAUCGAAUGUUAUAAGUUCAGUUUUUCGUACAAUUCUGCUAGGGGUAGCAAAAUUGGGAUCACAUUGGAGACGUCCCAAAAUAAGCCCAACGAUGCAUGCACAGAUAGCCAAUUGGAAGAAAAAAAAAAAAAUUUGAACCUCAACAGGUUGAAAGAUAUAAAGGACAGAUUACUAAAUAGGAACAAGACAAAAAAUGAAAACGCAUUAUGCUUUAAAAAAGACGCAAAGCAGAAGACCUAUGAAUUGUUAAGAUCGUUAGUAUUACUCACACAGACGUUAAAUCCUUUACCUGAGCGAACUUACCUCUCGAUGAAGCUUCUUUACUAUGAUGAAGUCGUUCCGUACAAUUACCAGCCCCCCUACUUUAGAAACCCAGACAACAAGGAUCUACUAAAAUUUGUUAAUCUGCCGAAUGAGGACUAUAUUGGAAAGGUUGAAACGGGUCAUCACUACCUUUCCAUUGUUGUUAAUUCUACAAGCGCCAGUAAUGAAGAACAGAUAGAUUCCUACAACGGCAACGAGAUGCAUAAUCAGACCAUGUGCAAUACGAACAGCCAUCCGUACGGUAAAAUGACAGACGGCAAUUACUACCAAUAUGAUGGAGAAGGGGCACAUCCAAGGAGAGCUAAAAAUGAGGACAAUUUUGACGACAGUUUUCAUGCUAAUUAUCACUAUGACCAGGAUGUUGAUCUUAGUAAGUACACAGAUGGUCUCAAUGAAGACCGAUACAAACAAGCAAAGUACGAAGAAGAUAGACGAGCCUUCCUGAAGAAGCGACUACUGAAAAGCAGAAACAGAGGGAAGAAUGGGAAGCACUACACCGGCAUCGAUGGGGAUAAUAUUGCAGACGAUGACACAAGUGAUCAUGACAAUGAUGAUGACAAUGAUGAGGAAUACGUAGAGGGGCAUAAUGCCAUGAUCCGACGUGGUGGUAAUAAUCGGCAUGGGGGUAAUUUUAACCGACUGGAGACGCGCUAUGCGGAAGAACGAGACUCGGACUAUGGUUACUAUGAUGAAUAUGAGGAGGAAGACACAGAGGAAGAAGACGACACGGAAGAUGACGAAACGGACGACGAUGAAUAUGACUAUGAUGAUGAUAGUGAUAGUGAUUAUGAUGACGAUGAUGACGACGAUUCCGAUGUUGUAUACGAGUACGACGAGGAAUAUUCCAGUCUGAGUGAUGAACGGUCACGCAAACGAAGAAGAAGAAGGAGUUGCAGAAAAAGGGGAACAAAAAGGAAAAGAUCCUUAUCACUAUCUUCAUCGGAUAGCAGACUGAAUGAAGAUAUAUCAGCGUCGCUAGUCAGAGUUAUUAAAUGCACUAAUGACGAGGACUAUAGUAGUAACUCGGAUAGUAACGAACGGUAUAUCAAGAUAGGCCAAAUUCUCUCCCAGACGAGCAAAGAUCCAGAUAAUCAGGAUUGUGUGAAUGUAGAGAAGAGACAAAUAGAAGACGAUAGGAAGAAGAAAAAUAAAUACUCCCUUAAUAAUAAAAGCGAACUUGGAAAUUGCUACUAUAGUAGUAACCCCUACAGGAGGAACGUCGACAAAAUGGCUACCCGGCUGUAUGAUAAUUCCUAUGCCAGUAAUGCCCCAUAUAGAAACAUAAAUGGAAAAACUCCCAACGAAAUGUACAAGCCGUACGGAAUUCAAAAUAAUUCCAAGGGUAAUAACAGCCGUUUGUUCUCUUCCUACGCGAUGGACGAUGCGAAUGCAUACCUUGACAAAGCUAAAGACAGGAACCACUACGAAAAUAGGAAAAACUACACCAAAACGUAUAAGAAUAACUCCCUCACGAAAAUGAAAAAGAAAAAAAAAAAAAAAGAAAAAUUAACCUACAAAAAUUUAAAAAACAAAAAACCUAUGCGCACAUCAUUGAUGGUUAAAUAUAAAAAGAAGAUUCUUCACAGAAUAAGAACAUACAUCGUUAGAUAUAAAAUUCUGAGCAAAAUAAAAAUCAGGCAGAAGUUCCCCAGUGUGUCCAACUACGAUAUUGACAAAGUUUUGCAUAAGCUGGUUAGCGAAAAUAUCAUUCGCAGGAGCGGAUACAAGUUUUAUAAGUUCGUUGAAGAUAAGAAGGAUAAGAAGAAGGAGGUCUUGGAGAAGAAGCGCGACCGGGAGGCAGUUCCCGCGCAGGCGGAGCAGAUGCAACAAGUCGAACAAAUCGAAAAAAUCGAACAGAUGGAACAGACGGACCAAAAGGUCAAAGAGGAAAUUCGCAAAGAGGACGACUCAGUUGUAGAUCCGGUUGUUGACCCGGUUGUAAAACCGACUGUAGACCCCAUUGUUGAGCCUACUGUAGAACCUACUGUAGAACCUACUGUAGAACCAACUGCAGAACCAACUGUAGACCCGGUUGAUCAACCAUCCAAUGACCCACCUCACGACCUCCCCUCCGAGCAGCAGCCAAACGCAGAUGCGAAUUUGAUCGACGCGUCCAAAGAGGAUAGCGUGAAAAAUUCAGAGACCGAAAAGAGUUAUGAAAAUAGCCUGCUGAACAACAUUUCCGACCCACCCGAAAGUCAAGAACCCAAGAUCGAGCAGAUAGAAAAAGUGGAUGAAAACAACAUGAACCAAAUUAACAACGACAUCGAAAAGUUGUACAACGAUGUGUACAACUUGUGCAUUAAGACGAAAUAUGUGAAUAAAGAAAUUGUUACAAGGGGACUUAACAUUUAUCCUUUGCUCGCCAAGCCGUUAAUAGAUAGACUCUUACGAGAGGGAGUUUUAAAAAAAAAAAUGGUGAAAAAUAAGGGGUACGAAAGUAACAUCUUUGUCCCUAUUGAAAGUUCCUAUAUUGCUAAUAACAGGGUGGACGAAGCGAGCGUCAAAUCCGAUGCCCCUGCAGAGAAUUGCGCCCCUGUGAAGAAUAACGCGGAAGAGGAGAAAAAUUGA